AUGGCAGGUGGGCUCUGGCCCUCGCUGCUGCUGAUGGCCGCCGUGGUGGCGGCCGUGGCGCUCAGCCGCCUGGGGCCGGGCCGCCGGCGGGGCGCUUCGCUACGGGAGUUCUUGAGCACCUUCCAGAUUUGCGCUUGCACCAACGAGCUCUGCCUGCUGGCCGCGGCGGAGCUGCCGCCGCCCGCCGCGCUGCCGCUCACCUACGGCCUCACCGUGCUGCACGGCGUGACGCUGGCGGGCAGCGCGGGCAACCCGUGCGGCACCUUGCAGCAGGCGUGGGCGGGCGCCGUGCGGCCCCGCGCCGCCGCGCUCCGCAUCGGCGCCCAGUUCGCCGCCGCCGUGCUCGCCAGGGGCUUCAUGCAGCUCGUGUGGAGCCUCGGGGCGGCCGAGGCGCACGUCGGAGCGCGCUGGCAGCGCUGCGGCCACCCGCUGCAGACCACGGAGGUGCAGGCCUUCUUCAUAGAGCUGCUGUUCUCGGCCGUUUUCCAGCUGGCCGUGCUGCGGGUGGACUUGAUCCAUCCCAACCUCAGAGUCCAUUUCAUUGCUCUGCUCAUCACCAUGCUCGUGUAUUCAGGUGGAAAUCUCACAGGAGCAAUAUUUAACCCAGCGCUGGCCUUUUCGUUACAUCCAUAUUGUUUCUAUGAAAAUUUUUUGAGUUAUUCGCUAGUAUAUUGGCUAGCACCAUCCUUAGGCACAAUACUUGUCUCUUUUGUAUGGGAUGAAAUCCUCCCUCGGAUAUCUUGAGACCAAAUUCUGAUCUCCAGUAAUACAACAUUAUUAAAAAGAUCAUGGAAAGAAAAGUUAAAUUGCAGCCACCUGUGGAAAGGAUGCUCUCAGAAAACUUCUAAUUUCUACAUCACCUUUCAGUGUAUUUUGGAUUUUGUUUUUUUCAAGUACAUGACUUAAGGCUUUGUACUGAAAUUUUCAUUUUGUAAUAGUAUGUUGGGAUGUUGAGAGUAUUUGCCAACAUCUUCAGUCAAGCCAUAUGAAUGUGAAGAAAAGGACUGAUAAAUACAGGGACUUUGUCACUUUAGCCAGAAGUGCCAUAAUUGCUGACCUUUACUACAACUGCAUAUAAAAUUAAUUUUAGAGAAGUACUUUUUUUUGAAGUUUGAUUUUAUUGGUUUCUUCCCAUAGAAAGCACCUGAAAAAAAAAAAGACCUGAAGCUUUCAUGCUUUUAGUGACCUCAGAAUUUUCCUACUUGCAACAUAUGGCACCUCCAAGAGGAAGAAAGGCUGUGCUACUUGCUAGAGGAAUCUUCACAGCUCCAUUCUAGAGGUACUCUAUGCCAAAAUAAAAGAGUAGGACCAACAUUGUUUUAAUAAUACUCAUUGCAGGUAAGUAAUUCCUCUCUUCCUUUGGGAAGACUGUCCCAUCCUGUCUCACUAUAGUAUUCCAGAAGUUUAUCUUAGCUGGGAAGAGCGUUAAUAAAGUACUGAUAAAAUUCUACAGAAACAUAAGUCAAAGUGCACUUUAGGAAAAAUGUAACCUGAUUAUGCUGCCUUUUGAGAAACAGAAGAGAUAGUAUAAAGGGAUGAACAAAUCAAAACUUGAUUUGUCCUUGAUUUUACAUAGUAAGUCUUACAAGAUAUUUUUCUUGAAAUAAAUCCAAUUUGCUGGAGUAAGAGAAGAUCUAAAAACAUAAGAAUGCUACAUUCCCCACAGAAGGGCAUGCACUUGCUCUUAGAGCCUUGGUUGACGUAAAGAGCA